ACAUCUAAGGUUUCAAUGCUGUCGACAUGUGGCACUGCCAGUGAAUUCAACGGCGAAUACAUGGGCGCCCGGAUUGCGUCGGUAUUCGUGUUGCUAGCGCUUUCUGCUGCGGGGUCGUUCUUCCCACUCCUUGCUAUAAACUAUAAAUUCUUUCGCAUCCCAGACAUAGUGAUUUUUCUCACGAGGUAUUUCGGAAGCGGGGUGAUUGUUGCAACUGCAUUCAUCCAUUUGUUGGGCGAGUCCCAGACGAGUCUCAGUCACCCAUGCGUGGGAGAGAUAUUCCUGGAAUACUCGUGGUCCGCUGCGUUUUCGUUGAUGGGUGUUGUUCUUAUGUUCACGAUCGAAGCAUUCACACACAGACGCUUAGAUCGAAGAAACCGCCUGGCUCUUUUGCUGUGCGGCAUGGGGUCUCAUGAUCAUGAAAAGGCAGAAAGCCACGAGGAAACAACAGAGAUCUGUGUCUGUACAGGCGAGAGCUCGAAUGAAGACUCUGGAACAACAACCGAGGUUCCGUCCACUGCCGAGGCUCCCGAAAAGGCGCCAAAAGAAGCUGUGAUUAAAGCCUUGGUGAACAUCUACCUUCUUGAGUUCGGAAUCGUGUUCCACUCUAUUUUUGUUGGGCUUUCUCUCGCUAUUGCCGGCGAAGGAUUCAAGACUCUUUUUGUUGCAAUUUCAUUUCACCAGUUCUUCGAAGGCAUGGGCAUAGGUGCUCGUUUUGCCACGGCCAAAUGGCCUGAGCACUUAAAAAGAAUACCUUGGUAUCUUUCAGCGGCAUACACAGUCACGACACCCAUUGGCAUCGCCGCUGGGCUUGGCGUCCGUAAUUUGUACCUGGAAAACAGUCCUGUUUCGCUUAUUGUUGUGGGUGUGUUUGACGGGUUCUGCUCUGGUUUGUUAAUCUACAAUUCUUUGGUCGAACUUAUGGCGAGAGACUUCAUCAGUGAUCCACUGAUGAAAAAUAUAAGUAACUUCCGCUUCGCUCUUGCCUACGGAAUGUUUUUAACGGGUGCUCUUAUGAUGUCGAUUGUGGGUAAAUGGGCUUAA